CUGGAUCCAUGGAUAAGGUCAAUUCUUCAGUGGUGUCUGAAUUUGUAUUGCUGGGACUCUCUAGUUCUCAGGAGCUCCAGCUUUUCUUUUUUGUUUUCUUUGUGUUAUAUGUGGUCAUUGUGCUGGGAAACCUUCUCAUUAUCAUCACAGUAACUUCUGACAACAGCCUGCACUCCCCCAUGUACUUCCUCCUGGGAAAUCUUUCCUUUGUGGACAUCUGUCAGGCUUCUUUUGCUACCCCUAAAAUGAUUGCAGAUUUUCUGAGUGAACAUAAGACCAUCUCCUUCAGUAGCUGCAUUGCCCAGAUAUUCUUCAUUCACCUUUUUACUGGAGGAGAGAUGGCACUACUUGUCUCCAUGGCCUAUGACAGAUACGUAGCCAUAUGCAAACCCCUACGCUAUGUAGUCAUCAUGAGUCGAAGGAUGUGCACUGUCCUGGUAAUGGUCUCCUGGGCUGUGGGCUUGGUGCACACAUUAAGCCAGUUAUCAUUUACUGUGAACCUGCCUUUUUGUGGACCCAAUGUAGUAGACAGCUUUUUUUGUGACCUUCCUCGAGUGACCAAACUUGCCUGCCUGGACUCUUACAUCAUUGAAGUACUAAUUGUAGUCAAUAGUGGAAUCCUUUCCCUAAGUACUUUCUCUCUCUUGGUUGGCUCUUACAUCAUUGUUCUUGUCACUGUCUGGUUUAAGUCUUCUGCUGCAAUGGCCAAGGCAUUUUCUACACUGGCUGCCCAUAUCACCGUAGUAAUAUUGUUCUUUGGACCUUGCAUCUUUAUCUAUGUGUGGCCCUUUACUACUUACCCUGUGGAUAAACUUCUUGCCAUAUUUUACACCGUUUUCACCCCCAUUCUAAACCCCAUUAUUUACACACUAAGGAAUAGGGAUAUAAAGGCUGCCAUGAGGAAGAUUAUGACCUAUUACCUGAGGCCCAAGAAGAUUUCUGAAAUUCCACUAGUAGCGAGGAAUUCCUUUUAUUAAGACACAAUUCCUUCAAAUUCCUCAAAUUGAUUCUAUAAAUAUUUUCAGUGUGUUCUUGUGGCAUAUCUCAACUAUGG